GCCACGGGAGCGCACAGGAGGCACGGAGCGGAGCGCAACGCAAAUUUACAGCCACAGUCUGAGUGGGGGACUUCGCUCAAGUUUAUUCAAGGUAAAGCUGAUGACUGACGGCAGGUAGAAGAAUCCGAGGAACAUGUGGAGCUUUUUUACGCGCCGUGGGCAGGUUUUGCGCCACUUGCUGCUGUGGCGCAAACAUGUUUUUUUAAAAGUGCUCUCUGUUUGAGUAACUUUUUCAGAGACAGUAGUAUGAAGUCACCUGAUUUGGCAUGUUUCCUGCGUUGUGUCCUCAUGCUCAGGAUUGCGACCCAUGGGAUGUAGUAAAUGGAGAGUUGCGUUCAACUUUGGACACCUGAAGGCGCAGUCCAAGCUGUCCGUCUUCUUUACCAUGAUCAUUCUCUUCACCUAUCUCUUCUACUGCCUCAACGGAUUCUGUGACUCCCUGCCCAGGCCUGUAUACGAUCAGCAAAGUAAUCUUGCAAACAAAAUCCUCCUAAAUGAUGGAAAAGAAGCGGAGCAGCUCGGCGCGUAUAACGCGUCCCCGGUCUCGGUUGUCCGGGAGCAACUGUCGGACUUCUCGAACAGUGAAGCUUCUUCGGACAAUAUUUCUAUAGCUAAUAAUUUUGGCAGCAAAAAGUUUCCCCAGGCCAUCAUCAUCGGGGUGAAGAAAGGUGGCACUCGGGCUCUGCUGGAGUUCCUGCGCAUCCAUCCGGACGUGAGAGCCGUGGGCGCAGAGCCGCACUUCUUUGACCGCUUCUAUGACAAGGGACUGGAAUGGUACAGGAACCUGAUGCCUCGUACUCUGGAGGGUCAGAUAACCAUGGAGAAGACGCCGAGUUACUUCAUCACCAAAGAAGCCCCUCGCCGAGUCAUCUCCAUGAGCCGCCACACCCGGCUCAUCGUGGUGGUGCGAGACCCGGUGACCCGAGCUGUUUCUGAUUACACACAGACUCUGACCAAAUCUCCCGGGCUGCCCUCCUUCCAGAACCUGGCUUUCCGCAAUGCCACCACGGGCCUCAUCGACACGUCCUGGAGCGCCGUGCGGAUCGGCAUCUACGCCAAGCAUCUAGAGAACUGGCUGCGCUACUUCCCGCUCUCACGUUUCCUUUUCGUCAGCGGGGAACGCCUCGUGACGGACCCGGCGGGUGAGAUGGGCCGGGUCCAGGACUUUCUCGGGCUCAAACGUGUGGUCACAGAUAAGCACUUCUACUUUAACCAGACCAAAGGUUUCCCCUGCCUGAAGAAGCCCGAGGGGAGCAGCCGGCCACGCUGCCUGGGGAAGUCAAAGGGCAGGCCCCAUCCCCAAAUCCCCUCAGAGGUUCUGCUCAGGCUCCGAGACUUCUACAGACCCUUUAAUCUCAAAUUCUACCAAAUGACUGGCCACAACUUUGGCUGGGACUGAACAACUCUUCACCAAAGCUCUUAAAAUAUGUCAGUACCAGUCUUACUCAACCAAGAGCCAAACCCAGACGGGGAUAUCAUGUGUUAUAUUGUGUGUCACCAAAGCUUCUACUGUGCAGAACAUGCCUUUUCCUCAUUUCCUAAGCUAUGAUAACCGAAUGCCAACACAUACGUCCUCCUUCCCCGAGGUUAGCAGCAGCCACGCUAACAAAGUUUGCGAGAGCUUUGAUCCCUGGAGCCACUUUAGGAGGCAAUGCUAAGCAAAGCUUGUGAGAGCCGGUGGUUGUGUUCAUACUGCUGCACUGAGACAAGCACAAGCCAGCAUGAAGCACACUGCUUAUUUUGCUUAAGGCUGGAACUUCUAACUCGGCACCCCAAGAGCUGGAAGUGAGUUCUCAUUGCUGUCCAAAACACUUAAUAGCACAACCUUCACGUUGGAAAUAAGACCAGAAAGAAGCCAGUGCUCCAAAGAGAUGAACCCAAAGUUAAAGCAAAAGGCAAACGGGUAACAAACCUUGACAGACAGGAAAAGUUCAAAUAAACCGAAUGACAGCGGGGGAAGAAGCAAAGAGUGCUGAAUUAUGCACAGUGGUACAAUCACAAUGAAUGGUUUCAGUUGGGAUUUGAGUUGAUUCUUUGCAAUCAGUUAAAUUGCAUCACUUCUGGGUAAAUAAAAUGAAAUGUUGAUACAAUUUAUGCAGUCGCAAGAAGUUCUGUAGUUAUGUCAAUGCAAGGUCUUUUUAUGGAUUGUCUUUUUUUUUAAAUAAAAGAUGUAGCAACAAUGGGAUAUCUGGUACCAAUGCAAAAAGGUAUACACAGUCCAAUAUGUGCUGUAAAUUUGCUCUUAUUUAUGUCAAAGCUUGGAUUUGCAUUUACAGACCUGAAAAGAACAUUUUACAAACUGUAAACCUGUGACUGUUUUCUACUUCACUCUACUACACUCACCUCCACAAAUGGUACUUAACAUGAAACUGUAUAUUUCUAAAACGCUAAUUUAUAUGAGGACAAACUGUUGUUGAAAUGUUUUCUCUGAGACUUUUGUAUUUGAAAUUCUGCUGGAAAAUCUGACUAAAUCUUUUAUUCUG